AACCUGCUCCUGCACAGUUAGGUCCAUGUUUUGCAGCAAGUCGCUGAUUUAAAGGCAGUUUGUUGUUGACGCAGAUCGAUUUGAAUCUUUGUUUCGAGUGAGGACCGAGACUUCACAUCUGAGUAGGUUGAGGAUGGCAGCCGUCCUGCUCUGUCUCCUCCUGGCCGCCCUGCUGCUGCUGGCCGCCUCCGUCCCGCUCCAUCAGGACCACCAGGACAACGGCACCGUCCCACUGGUGCUGUGGCACGGCAUGGGUGACAGCUGCUGCAACCCGCUCAGCAUGGGGGCCAUGAAGAAGUUCAUCCAGCAGGAAAUCCCCGGCGUCUACGUCCUCUCGCUGAUGAUCGGGAAAAAUGUGAUCCAGGACACAGAAAACGGCUUCUUCCUGGACGUGAAUGAGCAGGUGUCCAUGGCGUGCAGCCAGCUGGCCCAGGACCCCAAGCUGCAGGGAGGUUACAACGCCAUGGGCUUCUCGCAGGGGUCCCAGUUUCUGAGAGCUGUGGCUCAGCGCUGCCCGUCUCCACCAAUGAAAACCCUGGUCUCGGUGGGCGGCCAGCACCAAGGGGUCUACGGGCUUCCCAGGUGUCCCGGGGAGAGUUCCCACAUCUGCGACAUGAUCCGAGCAGCUCUGAACAAGGGCGCCUACUCGGACCUGGUCCAGAAACACCUGGUGCAGGCCCAGUACUGGCACGACCCGCUCCACGAAGACCUGUACCAGCAGCACAGCCUGUUCCUCGCCGACAUCAACCAGGAGAGGGGCAUCAACGAGACGUACAGGAAGAACCUGCAGCAGCUGGAGAAGUUUGUCAUGGUGAAGUUCCUGAACGACACCAUGGUGGAUCCUGUAGCGUCAGAGUGGUUCGGCUUCCUGAAAGCAGGCCAGGCCAAGGAGACGGAGACGCUGCAGGAGAGCCAGCUCUACAAGCAGGAUCGUCUGGGUCUGGCUGCCAUGGACGCGGCGGGGAAGCUGGUUUUCCUGGCCACCGAGGGCGACCACCUGCAGUUCUCCAGAGCCUGGUUCGUCGCCAACCUGGUGCCGUUCCUGAGGUAGAGCGAGCAGCAGCCGCCGCCGCGCCGCCGUCUGCCUGCACUGAUCACCGACAGCCCCCCCGAUCACCUGCAGCAAUCUGUCGUCUUAAAUCUGAGCCGCUCCGACAAGGUCCAACUUUUAAAUCUGAAAAUGCUUCUUAACUGUGGAAAUCUGCUUGUGUACAAACUUUUAAUCCAAUAAAGACAAACCAGAGAGA